AUGCUUUCCUCACUUUCUUCACCGCUGUACUUUCUAAUACUCGCCCUUGCAUCGAAAUUGAGUCCCGUUCGAUCUCAUGGACGUCUCAUGGAACCACCAUCAAGAUCCUCCAUGUGGCGUGUAGGCUUCAAAACCCCUAGGAACUACAACGACAACGAGCUUUUCUGCGGCGGCUUCACGCGGCAACUUCGCAAUGGAAUGAAGUGUGGAGUUUGCGGUGACCCGUGGGAUGUCUCACCUCCGCGAGCAAACGAGGCCGGUGGGAAAUACGCCACCGGGAUGAUCGCUCGACGGUACCGUCCGGGACAGGUCAUCGAAACCGCGGUCGAAUUGACAGCUAAUCAUAUGGGACACUUCCGAUUCAGACUCUGCCCUGUCAACGAUCCCUCCGUGAAAGCCACCGAUGAAUGUAUGGCCAAGUACCCUCUUAAGAUCGUCGAAGCGUCGUCCAACGAUCCCUACCGCUACGUCUUACCCGAUCGGAAGAGCAGAUACCGAGUUCGGGUGAUGCUUCCCUCGAAUAUCACUUGCACGCAGUGUGUCUUCCAAUGGACUUACACCGCCGGGAACAAUUGGGGUCGUUGUCCAGACGGCGUAUCUCGGGUAGGAUGUGGACCCCAAGAGACUUUCCGGGGAUGCUCAGACAUCGCCAUUUCCGACGGAGCUACGGGGACAGAUUCGGUGCCGGUGGGAGUGCCGUCCCGCAAGCCUUGGGAAACCACGGAGGGAACAACGGCCAAACCUGGUACAACCUUCCGCUUCAAACCUAAAACCACCCCGAAGUGGCACAGAGCCACGCACAAGUGGAACAACAAGCCUCAACACAAGAAACCCAUUUAUCCCCCGAAAGAAAAAUAUCCUUCAUCACCGAAAUAUUGGACUAAAUCCACGUGGAUUACAACUUCCAAGCCAGUCUGGAGCUCGACUCCCGGUCUGGAGAAAGAAGAAGGUCCCCUACCCAUGACCCCACCCCGGACUAAAAUGCAUGGUCACUACCCCGAACCCACGACGAGCCGACCCACAAGAUACACCGAGGCCAUGACUCCGAAAAUGUCUUUCCCGACCACCCCACGUACAAGAUUCACCCCGCUCCUCAAAUCCGUUACAGGUUGGGUAGGGACGACGACGAAGAAGCCGACGACAACAUCCCGAACGAGCUUGAAACCCGAGGUCGAAAACGAGAUUCCGAGUAAAGCCCCUCCAAAACGCUUCUGCAGUCCGGUCGGUGUUUACGUCGGUUCCCGCAAAAUGCAACAGUGGUGCGACCUCAAUUGCCUACAAGCGCCCUACUACUGUCCCCGAACUCACUGCAAGUGCGCCUAG